AUGGCUACCGCAGUGAAACAUACUUCUGCAGCUGACAAAACAUUAGAUGGUAUGCUUCUAGAAAUGUUUCAUCUUGUUUGGCUAGAUGCUGGAUCAAGCAGUCCAGAUGGUCGUCAUACUGAACAGCAAUUGCGUUCAAUUAUAAAUCAUUUGGUAAAAUUUCAAGAUGUUCAUGAAUGUGAGGAAUAUAUUAAAGCACAGUCUUCGAAUGAACGAAUUGUUAUGGUUGUCAGUGGUCAAUUAGGACGCGAAAUAGUUCCUAAUAUUCAUCUUCUUCGACAAGUUAUAUCAAUAUAUAUCUAUUGUAUGGAUGUAGUAGCCCAUAAAAUAUGGACUCAGAACUAUAGGAAAGUAAAAGGCGUUGUUGUUGAACUUAACGAACUUAUAAAACGGAUUCAAGCUGAUCAUAAAAUUCAAAAGAAGAUGGAAGAACCUCUAUCGAUAAAUAUAUUUACAACAAAUACAUUAACAGAAGGCGUAUCAACAACAGGCAUAAAUAAUAAUUUUCUCUUUUCACAAGUCUUUAUGGAUUGCCUUAUUCGACUAAAAUAUGCUGAAGCUGAUCAAAAAGAAUUGAUAGAAUUUUGUAAACAGAAAUAUAAAGGUAAUAAUUUUGAACUGAGUAAUAUUGGUGAAUUUCAAGAGCAUUAUUCAUCUGAAAAUGCUUUACGAUGGUAUACGCGAGAAUCAUUUUUUUACAAGACACUUAAUGCUGCUCUUCGUCAGUCAGAUAUUCAUGCAAUAUUUCUUUUUCGUAAAUAUAUUGCUGAUAUUCAACAACAAUUGAAAAAUCGUCAAGUUCGCAAUUCUAUUUGA